AUGAGAGAAUUGGAAGAUUGCCGAAAUGACCUUACAGAUUUGACAAAAGCAAUGAUCCAGACUCUGGAAGAACGAAGUGCUGCUGGGCUUCCAGAUUUACUCUACACCCUGCAAAAGUGGCUCGAUUUUGGAGUAUUAUUUACUUCCCUUUGUGGUGAAAGGUCAAUGGAAGGUAAGAUUCCUGUCAAGCGAUCAGAUGUGAUGUUAGUCGAUCAAAUCAAAUUCAAAAGAUGCGUUUCUUUCGUGGCCAAGCUUCCACAUGUUCAAAAAUUGGUGAAGAAUGAAGACCUGGAGCUAGAUGGGUCAUUUUGCGACUUGAUCUUUUGGAAAUUGAAAUCCUUUCAAUUCCCAGAGACUUAA